AUGCACAUCCAAUGCCAAUCCCACUUGUUGUGUCCCCCCCAAGACUCUUAUUACAUAUCUCUCUUUCCUCCCCUUUGAUUUCUAGCCAUAUCCAUUUACUAUUUUCUUGUUAAUCUUUAAUUAAUAUUCUCCAUCAAUAUGGAUCAACUUCAUGAACCUUUAGUUAAUCGUUCUAUGAUUUUUCCACUCACCACCUUCACCUUAAUUAUAUUAAUCCUUGUGUUUAUUAUUUUUUUUCCAUCUCUCUCAUCAUGUUUCCAAAGAAUGAUGAGUAGUAGUAUCUUUUGUAGUUGUGAAAUUUGCCAAGCCUAUCUAACUUCAAGUUGGUCAAAAGAUUUCAACAACCUUAGUGAUUGGUACACACACCUUCUAAAAAAAUCUCCAACAAAAACCAUCCACAUACACGUCCUAAGAAACACAAUCACUUCAAAUAGUGAAAACGUUGAGUACAUGCUCAAAACAAAAUUCGAAAACUACCCAAAAGGAAAACCCUUUUCAAUGAUCUUAGGUGAUUUUCUUGGUCGUGGUAUUUUCAACGUGGACGGUGAAUUAUGGAAAUUUCAAAAGAAGAUGGCAAGUUUGGAAAUCAACAAACACUCCAUAAGAUCAUUUGCUUUUGAAGUUGUCAACAAUGAAAUCCAAAAUAGACUCAUCCCACUCCUUCAAAACCAAAACGACGUCGUUUUAGAUUUACAAGACGUUUUCAAAAGAUUAUCUUUUGAUGCUAUUUGUAGAUUUUCCUUUGGUUUAGACCCUAUGUGUUUAGAAAAAUCCUUACCCAUGUCGGAUUUUGCACUUUCAUUUGACUUAGCAUCAAAAUUAUCAGCCGAAAGAGCCAUGACCGUGUCACCAUUAAUUUGGAAAAUCAAAAGAUUUUUCAAUUUGGGUAGUGAGAAAGAGCUAAAAAAAUCCAUUACAAUGAUUAACACUUUAGCCAAAGUUGUGAUAAAUCAAAGAAGAAAAAUGGGUUUUUGUGAUCAAAAAGAUUUGUUGUCACGGUUCAUGAGUACGGUUCAAGAUGACAUUUUUCUUAGAGACAUAGUCAUAAGUUUCUUAUUGGCUGGUCGUGACACCGUGGCAUCAUCACUCACAAGUUUUUUUUGGUUGUUAGCGAAAAAUCCGGAAGUUGAGUCACAAAUUUUGUUAGAAGCGGAACGAGUAAUUGGAAUUGGAAAACACAACAAAAAUAAUAACAAUAUUAAUGUUGUGACAAAUUUCGAACAACUUACGAAAUUGCAUUAUUUAGAAGCGGCAACACAUGAAAGUAUGAGACUAUACCCACCAAUUCAAUUUGAUUCAAAGUUUUGUUUGGAGGAUGAUGUGUUACCGGAUGGUACAAAAGUGAAAAGUGGAACUAGGGUAACUUACCAUCCAUAUGCAAUGGGUAGGUUGGAGGAAUUGUGGGGUCCAGAUUGUUUAGAGUUUAAGCCACAAAGGUGGUUGAAAGAUGGUGUGUUUCAUCCUCAAAAUCAAUUCAAGUACCCUAUUUUUCAAGGUGGGUUAAGGGUUUGUAUUGGUAAAGAAAUGGCUUUGAUGGAACUCAAAACUGUUGUACUUUCUUUGCUUACAAACUUUCACUUCGAAUUGGCUGACCAAAAUACCUUUCAUGGUUUUAAUCAUCUUCCAAGAUUCUCUCCUGGACUCACUGCCACUUUUGCUUUUGGCCUUCCUGUCUUUGUUCGUCAAAGAGGAAACCAAUAAUCAAAGAAUUUAUCAGAAACAUCAUUCAUGUUGUGUGAAAUAUGGACAAAUUAAAAGGCUAAACACCCCAAAUUAUUAGGAUGAUUCAUGUAAAAUUCAAGAUGACAGUGAAGGUAUGGCACAACCAUGGCUUCCACUGCUAGUCCAAUGCAGACAACUUGAUGUAGCUAGUGGGCUAGUAGUAUCCAAUAGCUUUCGUUUAAGUGUGUUACGAUCAACUUAGAGGAGGCUCACUAUUGUCUUCAAUUUGUUCUAGAGAGUGGGAUCCAAAUGUGUCGUUUCAACUUCCUCAAUAGGAGAAGCACAAAUAGAGAUUGUUUCCUUGAUCUCUAGAGGCUAAAUGGAACCCCUUUGUUUGUGUUUGCUAAAACAAGUGAUAAUCUCAUUCGCCUUAGGAACCACAGUAGCUACUGCUUCUUUGCUAAUACGAAUUCAUGUUUCAGGUUUGUUUCUAAUAUGACUUAUGGACUUAAUUUUAUUGAUCAUGUAGUAAAAAUAUUUUGAUUUUGACAA